AUGUUGGCCCAAGCAAUUGCCUCAGUAAAGAAGGAAGAAGACCCACCUUCUUUGGCAUUACUACCUAAGCCGACCUAUUCUGCCUAUGCUUCAGCUAAUGCUCCUGGCCAUUCUAGUGCCUUGACCAUUGCUAACAGGUUUACACCUCUUGGUAGACCAGUUGGCCCAUUAAGCCGACCUAUUCAGCCUACUCUAGUAAACCCAAAGACCUUUUCCCAAAUGGCCCAGCAA